UUUUGUGUGCGGGUGGACAAGCCCUAGCUGUUGAUCUCUGUGUCUCUUUCGGUCUCAAUCUUUGCUUGAUCUCUCUCUGGAGGCGGUGUUGGACAGGGCAAUAAGAUGACGACGAUUCUCCGGUCUAUAUCCUCGGCCGCUGGCAGGAGGCUUCGCUUACUCUCGACGGCGAACUUUUCCUCCCUCUCCGCCGCCGCCGUUGCAGCUUCCCGCAGCACCACCACCACCGCCAUCUUUCGUCCGUCCUCCACCACCGUCAAUCGGAUAUCAGGAUUCUCAGAUUGCAGUCUUCCUCUCACAUUGAACUUUAGCCGUGCAUUCUGUUCAAAUGUAAGCCAGUUGCCUGCCAUAUCUGACGCUGACAUAGAAACUGCAUUCAAGGAUUUAAUGGCUCUGAACUGGGACGAAAUUCCAGAUUCUGUUGUCAAUGAGACAAAGAAGGCGCUAUCUAAAGCUACUGAUGAUAAGGCUGGCCAAGAGGCUCUAGCAAAUGUCUUUCGUGCAGCUGAGGCUUCAGUGGAGUUUGGUGGGGUUCUAGUUUCCCUCAGAAUGGCGCUUGAUGAUCUGAAUGGGGUAACUGGUGAGAAUGUGCGACGCUUACCUGAUUAUAUUGAAGAUGCCAUAAGAGCUGCAUAUAAACGCUACAUGGCAUAUCUAGAUUCUUUUGGCCCUGGUGAGGCUUAUGUGCGGAAAAAGGUUGAAACAGAGUUGGGAACAAAAAUGAUACACUUGAAGAUGAGAUGCAGCGGCAUUGGUGCUGAGUGGGGAAAGGUUACACUUCUCGGCACUUCUGGGCUUUCCGGGUCUUAUGUGGAGCUUAGAUCAUGAGAAAGAUGCUGGGAGGGUGGCUGUCUUGGAUGCUUACGGAUAUCUAUAAACCAUGCUGACAAUUGAUCAGUUCAUCUUGAGUUGUGCUUACAAGUUCAGAAAAUGUAUUUUCGAGUAAUAAAUAUGCUUUUUGUAGUUCUGGGAUGGAAAUGACAUUACUUCUGGAACCCAUAAUUUCAAUCGAUCGCUUGAGGCUUCCAUUAUUUUGUUGUUGUCAUGUGAUGGAGUAUAUACACGAUGCUAAUGAUGGUACAUAAGGCUUUUCAACUUA